AACUGUAUUUUUCCCCCUGCAGAGCUUUAUUGUGUCUUCUUUUCGUGUAGGUAAGGGAAGAGCUUCGAGCCAAUGGCAUAGAUGUCUAUCCACAGAAAGAGUUUGAUGAAGAUGCAGAAGACAGAAUGAUCAAUGAGAAAAUAAGAGAAAUGAUUCCUUUUGCUGUAGUAGGAAGUGACCAAGAGUAUCAGGUCAAUGGAAGAAGACUCUUGGGAAGGAAAACAAAAUGGGGAACCAUUGAAGUUGAGAAUAUUGCCCACUGCGAGUUUGCUUACCUGCGGGAUCUCCUCAUAAGAACCCACAUGCAAAACAUUAAAGAUAUCACCAGCAGCAUCCACUACGAGAUGUACCGCGUCCGCCGGCUCAAUGAGAACAACACUCAGACCAACGGCCUUGGUGAGCACCACCCGGCUUCCCAUGAAAUCUAGCACCUCCACUAAAACCUCUGGUUGGUCCCUUCUCUCAAUUCCCCAACCCUGCAUUCACCUUACACUCCGUUCCGCCCCUUCAAUCAGCCAUGGACUGAAGUGAAGAGGUACAUCAAGAGAAGCACAUAAUGACUUUACCUCCCAGAAACUCCAGCACAGCACCCUUAACACCUUUCACUCCUCUACACUUGUGCCCGAGACCUGGGGGCAAAGAACUCUAGCUCACAAAUAACACUCCCUUUGUCUGUUAAAGAGCUUCUCCAUAUACUACAUGUGUUUGACUUAAUCUGCUGACGGUUCAAGUGUGUGUUUGCAUUGUUUAUUUUUUAGGUGGAUGUUCUAAUUGGUCAAGCUGUGGAAAAGCUCUUUAUGUGCAAUAUAGUGCCUGUUUGUCCCCUUUUUUCUUCUUUUUGUUAUCUCUGUUGAGAAAUAAAACAAAACAAAAUAUCUUAAACCAGCCUAAGGUGAAUUGCCGGUGUAGCUGCUCUCCCAGCCAAGAUCAUCUUUAACUGGUUUAGUGUACCAAAGCCCCUCUACAAAACCAGAACAGCUAAAACUAGCAUAACAUGUUAGGCUGGUUUAAGCUGUUUUUAGCGGGGAGUUUUAUAAGCAUUAUCUCAAACACUGCUUUUUGUGAUUAAAUAUUUAUGCUUAAUUUUGAGGGAGAUCUUUUGAACCCAGACCUCAUGUGGGAUAUUACCUUAUUAUUUCCAUUAUGCAUUAUAAAUAAUGUUCCAUUAGUUCCAGCUGUUCCUUUUAGAUGGAGUUGUGUGUGGAGGCUAAAGGUUAUCUGGUUUCUCUGCCUAUAAAAUGAAUGCUAGAAUGCCAAUAGUACUUCAGAGAAACAUGAUGUGCCAUUUUGUCUUGCAGUUGUUUUUUGUUCACAUAUGAAUGAAUGAAUGAAUGAUAUGUGCAAACAUUUACAGGAAAAUGGACUCAUGGUGCCUUAUAAAAAUUGCAGUGAGUGGAAUUAAAGAUAAUCCAUACUGAAUAGUAUUUAUGUACAUGAGAUUAAUUGAGAUUGUGAUGAUUCUUUACACCCUUGUUUCCCCAUGUCCUCACACCAAUACGCUCGAAUGGACCAAUGGCUAUGAACGUUAUUAUUUAAGAAUGUGAUCUGGCCUAUAGUUUGAACAGGAAGGAGAAUUGCAAUGCCUUUUGAGCUGAUGGAAAGUGCUCAACAAAAACAUCUGUUUGUAUUUGGUUUUACAUCUAUCACAUCCCCUUGUUCUCGUCCACUCAUGCUGAAUAUGUGGAAAUUUGCACCAUCUAGACCCCUUUGGUCAUUUUAAACGUCUUUUGUUUCUCUAUGCUCAGAGGAAAAAGCCUACAGUUGAGAAUGUGUAAUCAGUGCCAAUGUGUGCCUGACAUUUUAAAUAUGCCUGCCAUGUGUGACGAGGAGCCACUUUUAAGAAUGGCAAAAUUCAAGGUGCUCAUGCUUUGUUGUUGUCUGCAAAACCCUUUAUAAAUGCUCAUUGUUGGGGAAAUAUCGUUUUGUCCUGUGCUGUAUAUUCAUAGAAAAAAAAUUUUUGUUUUGGUAUUCAGAGUAACACAAAUAACUUUGAUAUCUUGUCAUUUUAAAGAAAUAAAGAUUUAAA